GACGGAGAGGGAAUUCGACGGGAAAGAUGGCCGUCGCGGAACAUAUGACAAAGAACGGCGGGCUCCUGUCGCGGCAUCCGAUGACGGCGACAUCCUCGCGGCGGCGUGGUGGACGCGGCACAGCUGAUCGUCGCUGUUAACCGCCGCCCGUCGUCGGGGCGUCGUCGCGUACCUCCUGGUGCGACGGAGACGACGGGGCGACAGGCAGAAGAGGACAAGAGGAAGGAGAGAACGAGAAGUGCGUGUAUAUAUCCGUGUGUAUCCGUGCGCGCGUGGGUGUUCUCGGUGGCAGCGCGACGACACUGUCUCUCUCUUUGUCCAGGGGUCGGAGAAUCGUCGUCGUCGUCGUCGUCGUCGUCGUUGCCCGACCGACGUGGGGUGACAUAGCGGUGAUAUAUUAGCGCGGCGCCAGCGGGGGAGCCAUGACUACGCGUGGAGAAUGGGCUCGAUCGCGUCGGUGCUGCAGUGGCAUUGCUCGGAGUGCGCCCUGAUAAAUCCUACGGAGAGCGCGAGAUGCGCCAGGUGCGGGCUGACGCGGCUCAGGAGCGACGAGAGGGUCGGCGGCCACCUCGCCGCGGAGCGUAGCGGACGAGCAGCGGCGAGGGGAGGACGCGAGGGGACAGAGGACGGGGAGACGUCGUCGUCGUCAACUACAUCGUCGUCGUCGUCGUCCGCCACCUCCGGGGAAUCGACGCCGCCGACGCCGCCGCCGAGGACGGACCGAUUAUUGGCGGCGCGCAACGUCCUCACGGAAACGGCAUCGUUACUUGUCGGCCAGCGCGACGAAUCCCGACGCGCUGUUACUAACGGCUCCGAGAGAUAUCUGUCUGCAUUCAACGUUAAAAAAAAUUUACAUUGUGGUUCGUGGAAUGGCAACUCAUCUGAGAGGAAAUCGCUGCAACGUUUUUCGUCUUUACCUUCUUUAAAUACACAAUGGACUUGUAUUCGAUGUUUAUUGGACAAUAACUGCAGUUCAUUGAUUUGCGCGGCUUGUGAUGCCAAUGCAUCAAUAGCUCGAAUCGACGGAAAGAAGAUUGGUGCACGCAAGAGCAAAAAGAUUCAUCCGCAUAAAGAAAACCGUCUAAAAAUCACCUCUGGAUUUCUGCCUAAUAUUCUACCUGCGAAUGCUGGUACGAGCGGUUCUGGUAAUAAUGCUAAAAUUAAUAAUACGGGUAUGGCACAGUUGACAAGUAUAAGCCGAAACGAGAGACAAAGAGUGGACCGUAAAGACUGGAUUUUACCAUCAAUUGGAGCGAUGGAGUCCACUACGCUUCCGUAUACAGAUAACACCGAUACCUCUCAACGCUCUCCGAAACGACACAGUCCUUCUAUGUACGAACGGGUCAAGUCUAAAGUUAGUCGCUCGCUGUCAAACGGUUCGGUCGUUCAAAAAUUAUCGGACCACGUGGUACAAAGACCCACGAGCCUGGUGGUACCGGAAGCGCGUCAGGAUGAUGGCUUGUGGAGCUGCGACAAUUGCACGUUGGAUAAUGCGCCAGGUUUGGAGCAGUGCGAGGCUUGCGACGCUCCUAGGAGUCCCGCGCCUUGCAGCGGAGUGGUUAUCAGCGUACCAGCUUGGGUGCCGCGCGCGUUAUCGUCCGCGGGACCCUUGUCCUACAGAAGAUCUUUCUCCGACGCCGAUUCCGUGGCGAACGUGACACAGAAGAAGACUGUGAAUCGUAGAAGUCUGAACGACGAGGAACCGCCCGCGGUACCGCCGCAUUCGAUCGGCUUCAACUCAAGACCAAAGUAUUCCUAUAUCGGGAUCACGGAUCCCGAUAUACCCCCGCCAUUGCCAAAGAAACAGAGCAGUAAGUUAGGUCUCGUGCCGACGAAGGCGCACAGCGAGGCGACCAGUCCGGUGAGCGAUCUACCGAACAUGAGUCCGCUCAAGCGUAUGUGGACUUGCAGAAAGUGUUCUUACGCGUACAACCCCUUGUGGUCCAGCGGUUGCGACAUUUGCGGCUCGUCCAGGUCGCCCCCGUCGUUGACGCAACCCAGCUUGAUUACCGUCACGAAGGACACGACUAGCUAUCCGACGCACGCCCAAUCGCCGAUUGUGGUGUCGAGGGACAGUGUUAGAUACAUACCACCCAAGUCAGCCACCCUGGCCACGGCGGAAUCCGAUCUGGACGAUCAGAUCGAUCCGCCGUCGCCGGUGUGGACGUGUAAAAAGUGCACUCUACUGAAUGCCGCGUCGAGAACAACGUGUGAAGCUUGCUGCGGCUCGAAGCUGAAGAGCAUCAUGCAUCUGGAGGAUGCCACUCUGCGAAAGGGCGAGAGCUGGGUGUGUCCGUCGUGCACGCUGAGGAAUCCACUCUCGACGCAAAACUGCAACGCCUGCAAGACCUUGGCGGAUUUUCUCGAAGUUCCGAAAGAUAAUAGAGUUCUGGGUCAGCGGAGUCCAAGCCCGAGGCUCUGCUCGACCCCGACGAAUUCCAAAGCGGUUACCCCGAGGCACAGAAAUUCUGUAAGGAGAAACGGUUCGUCGGCGAUCGACAAAAGGCACUCGAGGACCAGAGAUCCUUCGCAUACUCAAUGGCAAUGUAAAUUGUGCACUUACGAGAACAAGAGUACGACUGCUCUUUGCGAAAUGUGCCAAAGCUCGAAGUCGCUGUCUCAAAUGUCUGGAGAUAGAGGGAUACCUAGGCUUGUUGAAUCAGGCACUAGUACUCUUAGAAUACAGCGGCAAGAGAGCGUGGUGAUGGAAAAUCUCAGGCAGCUAGAGGAGAGAGAAGCGUUAGAAAAAUGGGAGCGUAUUGUACGAUAUUGCAAAGAGACCAAUGAGCCGUUCGUCGAUGAUUCGUUUCCUCCAGCUCCAAAAUCUUUGUAUUAUAAUCCUGCGGAUACAAAGGAUAAUCACGUCGUCCAAUGGAGAAGGCCACAUCAAAUUAACGUGGACUCAAGUGUCGAUUCUAAACUGCCUUGGGCUGUCUUUAGGACACCCCUACCCUCUGAUAUCUCGCAAGGUGUCUUAGGAAAUUGUUGGUUACUAUCGGCUCUGGCUGUUCUUGCUGAAAGUGACGAGCUCGUGAGAAGAGUUCUGGUCAUGAAGGAGACAUGCCCCGAAGGUGCUUACCAAGUUAGACUGUGUAAAGAUGGAAAAUGGACGACGGUGCUCGUUGAUGAUCUAUUACCCUGUGAUAAGAGAGGUCACUUAGUGUACUCUCAGGCAAAAAGAAAACAACUGUGGGUGCCGCUAAUUGAGAAAGCAGUUGCUAAAAUACACGGCUGUUACGAAGCUUUGGUAUCCGGCCGUGCCAUAGAAGGUCUAGCGACGUUAACUGGUGCCCCAUGUGAGAGCGUGCCUUUACAACCUUCAGCAUUGCCAAGCGAAGACGAACUUGAUAGGGACCUAAUAUGGGCACAACUCUUGUCCUCGAGACAGGCUAUGUUUUUAAUGGGUGCUAGUUGCGGAGGAGGUAAUAUGAAGGUUGACGAAGAAGAAUAUCAACGUAAGGGUUUAAGGCCCAGGCAUGCGUAUUCUGUCCUCGAUGUUCGUGAUGUACAGGGGAUACGGUUGUUACGAUUACGUAAUCCUUGGGGUCACUAUAGUUGGAAAGGCGAUUGGUCGGAUGAUAGUCCUAUAUGGACUCUGCAAUUACGAGAGAUGCUUAUGCCGCAUGGUGCUUCGGAUGGUGUCUUCUGGAUAUCCUUCGAUGACGUCCUAAAGUAUUUUGAUUGCAUUGACAUUUGUAAGACAAGAGUCGGAUGGAGCGAAGUGAGAUUACGUGGCACUCUUCCUCCGUUGUCGUCCCUUAGACAUUUGUCGUGCGUCCUUUUAACAGUGUUGGAACCCACCGAAACGGAAUUUACGCUGUUCCAAGAGGGUCAGAGAAAUUCGGAAAAGUCGCAACGUUCUCAACUGGAUUUGUGCGUGGUAGUCUUUCGCACGAGAUCUCCGGCUGCUCCGGAAGUUGGUAGACUAGUAGAGCACAGUAAGCGGCAAGUACGCGGUUUCGUCGGCUGUCAUAAAAUGUUGGAGAGGGAUCUUUAUAUCGUUGUGUGUUUGGCUUUUAAUCAUUGGCACACUGGAAUGGAAGAUACGUCCAGUUAUCCAGAAUAUGUUCUUGCCAUUCAUAGUUCAAAAAGGCUUCUGGUCGAGCAGAUAUCACCGCCUGCUUUUGUCUUAGCUGAUGCUAUUAUAAGCCUAACAUUGGCUAAAGGACAACGGCACGAAGGUAGAGAAGGUAUGACUGCCUAUUAUUUAACUAAAGGAUGGGCCGGUUUAGUUGUAAUGGUCGAAAAUCGUCAUGUGAAUAAAUGGAUUCACGUAAAAUGCGACUGCCAUGAAAGCUAUAACGUCGUGUCCACGAGAGGACAACUCAGAACUGCCGAUAGUGUUCCCCCCCUUCAUAGACAAGUCAUCAUAGUUCUAACGCAAUUGGAAGGUAGUGGAGGUUUCUCAAUAGCACAUCGACUUACGCACAGAUUAGCUAACAGUGGAAAUUUGCACGAUUGGGGACCGCCUGAUACACAACAUUGUCCUCAAAUUGAUACUCAGGUGGAAGGUUUGCACAGUCCUCGCUUAAUAACAUGAAGAAUAAAAUACAGAACGAAUACGAGCUGGAUAUUACAGGAGGAAAAUACUGUCAAGUGUAAUCCUCGAAAUGAUCCUCGGAACGUCGAGAGAAUUGACUGAAAAAAACCAAAGCAAGCUAGAAACAUUUCAGCACUUACUAAUAAGACGUUCUGAAGACAUUAGAAUACUCUUUGUGCUUUCUAGCUGAUGAUAUUCUACGGAUGCUCUUAGCGUUGCAACAUGCUCAGCAUUGGACGUAAUACAAUAAGUAACAAUUAAUGUACAAUGGUUCUGGACCCAGUGAUUAAAAAACAGAUCUUUCGAGUAGAUAGUGGUUCAUGCACUCUGCGCGCGUUGACGGGGAAAAGGACGAACUUAAAAUGAAAAAAAAAAGUAAAAUAAAAUACGUGCAAAUUAAGUGUUUCUGCUGGAACCAUUGAACCCCAUAAAGAAGACUUAUGGAAAAUUGAAUAUUUAUGAAGAAACAAGUUGAACAUUUUGCUUGUUAUAUAAAACAAAAAAAAAUUAUUUUCUCAACUUAACGUUUACGCGUCGUAAGAAAUAACAAAAAAAUCUAAAGAUUACAUAAAUAAUAUAAUAUAAAAUGAAACCAUUAGAGAAGACACAUUAUAUAAGGAUGUGUGUGGACACCGUACACAUUGUUUUUGGAAUUGCUUAGAAUGUAGUACGAUUAUAUCGGAUCGGGACAUUUCCGAUUUAACCAAUGUUUACAUGCUGAUCUUAUUGCUGUAACACGUAAGGCCGUAUUCGAAACCCGCAUUUAAGAGAAUUUCAAGUCUUAGUUUCAUUCAAUGUGUGCACACAUGCGCAAUAUAAAAAGAGAGGCUGGAAUUUUAUGCAAGAAUUUCUAUGUAUCAACUGGUAGGGUAGAACAUUUAUCUAGAUUUUGUUGUUCUCCUCCCCGUCUUACAUUUGGAGAAUGUUAAAAAUGGACGUAGCAAACUGUUAUAAAGCGAGAGAAAGAGAAUUAAAAAUCUUUCUUUAAGGCUUUUGACUCCUCAUUGAUCAUGUUGGAAUUAUGACGUCAGGGGUGAAAAAGCACACGCUAAAAAUUAUUCUUGGAUACCAUUUUUAAAUGGAAAAAUAUUUCGACGAAACAUUAUUUCAGAUGGCUUUAACACUUUUAAAAUAUCUCGAAAAACUUUUUCUUUUGACAGUCAAUCAACAACCGUAAAAUGAUGUGAUAUCAGACUUUGUUAUGUGGAAUGUGCAAAGACCAUACAGAUUUGACCUUAUAUUACAGUCAUUUUACAAAUGUUGAUUUAUUAUAAAGGGAAAAGGAUAGUUUUUGAAAUAUUUUAAGAAUGUGCUAUAGUCAUCUGAAGUGCUGUUUCAUCGAAAUAUCUUUUCAUUUUGAAAUGGCAUGUAAGAAUUUUUAGUGUGUUUUCUCACCUCUGACGUCAUAAUUCCAACAUUGUCAGCAAGGAGCCAAGAGAGACUUAAAGUUUUUAAAUAUCUAAACUCGUUCACUGCCAUUCUAUGCAAUGUAUGUAUGUAACUUUUUGUUUCUAUUAUAAAACCGCAUGAUUAAUUUUAGUAAAGGUAAGUUGAAAUCGUUGGAUAUUCCUCGCUUAUUAAUUAUUAUUUUACAUUAAUAAAUUAAUUGCAAAAUACACACAGCAAGUAUGGCAGUUAACGGAUUAAACAUCAUUAAUUUCGUGUUUGUAUGCUUUUUUAAAAAAUUGUGUUUUGUCCAUCCAGCCGAUAUCGUGGUCGUAAGAUGAAUCUUUGUGGAAAUUCGAUAUUUCGGUUUUAAUGUCAAACUGCCAUAAUUCCAUGUUUUUAGACAAUGGUCAAUUGGUAUCCGUGUCUCGCUAUGGCAAUUCUAUCGAAUCAAAAAAAAAAUUGUUUAGGGCUCUCUAUAUACAUUAAAUGUGGUGAUGCGACAAUACGCGAUGCUGUGAUCAGUCAAUAAUGCUUUUGACUCGAACCGAAAAUUUAAUUCUCUGUUAAGAUAUCUUUUAUUUAACAGAGAGACUGAGAGGGAGAGAGAAAGAGAGAGUGAGAGAAAGUAAAAGAGAAAGAGAGCAUUGUGAACACUAUUUCAAUCAAUAGUACAAAAUUCCCGUCUACUCUCUAAAUUUGCUCGUUUUUUAUACUGAAAAUGAGUGGAAUAGAAUUGUAUAAGUUUUCUUUCGAGACAUUUUUUCUGUUGACAAUUUAUAAAUUAUAUGAUGCUAUAAAUUAUAUAAUACUAUAAAUUAUA